CAUUUUGGGGUCUCUCUCAAAAAAUCAUUAAAUUUGAUUUAGAGCAGGGCCGUUGGUUUUGUUUGGUUGCCAGAGAAAACCGAAAAAACAGAGUGCCUCCGAAACCGGAGGUGAGAGAGACUCCGAAAAUUUAUGAGAGAAUACAAACAGUCAAACACAUCAUCCAUCUAUCUCUAAUUUCAGCUUUGGAUCAUAUUCUUAUUUUAAUUAUUUUAGCAAAUUUUUUCUGAAAGAAAAACCAAAAAAAAAAAAAAAAAAACCUCUCUCUCUCUCUGGAAAGGUGAGCUCUCUUGAAUUUUCCUUCCGAAGCUCCAUGGCAUUCCUUCUUCGGGUUUGCUGCUGAUGUCCUCCUCCCUCCUCAAUCCUCAGUGGAAGAAGAUCUGAUGAGACCUUGUCGUCUGAAUCAGACACACUGAAUUCUGGCUUUGGAUUGUUUUAACAAUUGUGAUAAAGCUAGCAAUGGAUGAGCAUCCUGGUAGCAGCAAGUUGACUGGAAUUAGGCAGAUUGUUAAGUUCAAAGAAAUCCUGCAGAGAUGGCAAUCUGUCACACUUGGCUCGAAGGGGAAUAGCCCCCGAAGAGGAGGCGGUCCUCAUUCUCAUGCUGAUAGAAUGUUAGUGGGAAGUAGCCCUCAAUCCCAUUCUGAUCGAAGGGUGACGAGGGACAGCUCCAUUUCCCAUUCUGGUCGAAGGGUGAGAGUGGGCAGUCCUAGUCCUAGUCCCCUUUCUGAGCAAAGCAGUCCCUUAUCUAGUCGAGCCCUUUCACCAGCGAUUAGCAGGAGGCUCACAAAUGUUAUUUGUGAUUCGGAUGAGGAGUCAUGCGCAAGUCCCGAGCCGCCACCUGAUGUCCCUGAAGGGUAUUUGGCGGUUUAUGUUGGACCAGAGCUUCGGAGGUUCAUCAUACCCACAAGCUAUCUUAGUCACAACCUUUUUAAAGUGUUACUGGAGAAGGCUGAAGAGGAGUUUGGAUUUGAUCAUAACGGGGGGCUCACAAUUCCAUGUGAGACGGAGACCUUCAAGUACCUCUUGAAGUGCAUGGAGAACCAUCAGAAAGCUCACCCUGAUGAAACCCCAGCUGGAGCAUGGAAACUCAUUGAAUGAUGAGGCAGAAGAGUAAGUAAUUAUGCUGAUGUUGGUUUUUAGUGAUCCAGAUUUUAGGGCUGGUUUUCUGAUGUAAAGCAGGGUAUCUCCUUGUGUGCAGACAUUUUCUGUUCUCUCUUUUUCUUUUUCUUUUUCUUUUUUCAAUUUUUCGUCAUUAACAAACAAUUAGGUACAACUUUUAGUUAGAGAGGUUUCAGGUGUGUGUUUGUGUUGCCUACAAUUUGGUGAUACAGAGUGGCGUUAUGUAUAAACUAAAUCUGAUGUUUGAUCUAGUAUGAAACACAUUUGUCCCUCCAGCUCUAUAUAUGUUACUAUAUUAAGGAUCAUUAUAUUAAUCUA